AUGACUCGCGCACCGAACAUCCUCGUCACGGGAACGCCCGGCACGGGCAAGACGUCCAUGUGCCAGCAGCUAGCGGAGCGAUGCCAAGUGCUGUCCCACCUGAACGUCGGCGACUUGGUGAAGGAGCGCGGGCUGCACAGCGGUCGCGACGAGGAGUUCGACUGCUUCGUGCUGGACGAAGACAAGGUCUGCGACGAGAUGGAGGACAUGAUGGCCGAGGGCGGCAAGGUCGUGGACUUCCACACGUGCGACUUCUUCCCGGAGCGCUGGUUCGACCUGGUCGUGGUGCUGCGCGUGGACAACACGACGCUCUUCGACCGCCUGCAGAAGCGCGGCUACUCGGAGAAGAAGGUGGCGGAGAACGUCGAGUGCGAGAUCAUGGAGGUCGUGCUGCAGGAGGCGCGCGAGAGCUACGCGCCCGAGAUCGUGCAGGAGCUGCCCAGUCGUACGGUGGAGGACAUGGAGAGCAACAUCGAGCGGAUCCUCACGUGGGUGCAGCACUGGACGGCGCAGCACGCGGACGACUAA